AUGGCAGCGAAACAACCGGAAAAACAAGAAAAAGAUUGGGUAAGUCACAAAAAUAUUCUUGGCUACAGUAACCCUUUUCGGAACUUUUUUGGUAGAUCAUGAAUUAUCCGAAAGAAUGAGCUCUGUGAAUCAAAUAAGUGACUACAGUAACCUUUUUUCGGAUUUUUUUUUGGUAGAUCAGAAAAACUUAAAGCCCUGGGAGCUCUAGACGUUUGAGAAUCGAAAAAAUUAGCUCAGAAAAUUGACUCACAAAUCCUGAAAAAUUCCCAAUUUUUCUAGUUGGCCGAAAAAUCGAAUGUGAAAAAACUAAAAUUUUACCAUGGAGUGAUAACUCGAGAAGAUGUACAAAUUUUGAUGAAAGAAAGUCAUACGGGUGAUUUUUUGUUGCGAGCCGCGUUGAUGAAAACCGAUGUGAUUUUGCGCGUUUUUUUGUGUGUCAAAAUCGGCGAUCAAGAGAUUCAUCAUUAUUUGUUGGAGUUUUGUAAGGAUGAGAAGUUUUUUGUGAAACAAGAGUUUGAGAAGGAAGGGAAGGGCAAGAUUACGGUGGAUUCGCAGAUUUUUAAAGGUUUGUUUGAGAAAUAGGAGAUGGGGAAAUCAAGUUAGCCUAACUUUAAUUAAAAAACCAGGUCAAGAAACUGUUUCUACAGUAACCUGGGAACCUGAAACUUUUUUUUUGAUCUACCAAAUUUUCUGAUCAUAAUUUUUGAGCGUUAAAAAAGUACAAAACCACGCUGAAACAUUGCCACGUGGAUUUCAUCUACAGUAACCUGGAACUUUUUUUGAUCUACCAAAUUUUGAGCCACGUGGAUUCUAUGUGUUUUUCAGCACAAAAAACCUACAGUAACCUAGAAACUUUUGGGCACUAAAAAGAACAGUACCGUAAACUUUCACGUUUGCCACGUGGAUUUCAUCUACAGUAACCUGAAAAAUUUUUCUGCACAAAUUUUUGAACCACGUGGAUUCCUUUACGCUGAAACAUUGCCACGUGGAUUUCGUCUACAGUAAUCUUGAUAAUUUUUUUGAUCUACAAAAUUUUGAGCGUUGAACCAAUGCCACGUGGAUUUCAUGUUUUUUUUCUGCGAAAAGUUACCCACCUCAAGAUCUACAGUAACCUAGAAAAUUUUUUAAAAGUUCCUCUAACUCGAAAAAUUUCAGACUUUGAUGAAAUGAUAGCACAUUUCCGACACCAUCGAUUAGCCUGCGGUGUCCGCCUAAAAUCCUCAAUUCCCCGUCCAAGAUGGCAAAUGAACCGUCAAAAAAUCAUUUAUGAUGAGACCGGAAUUCUUGGCGAAGGCAACUUUUGUUUCGUAUAUCAUGGAAAAUUGCGAAGAAAAGAUGGAAAAGACGAGGAGAUUGCGAUAAAAAUAUCGAAAUCAAAAGGGGACGCCGUCGAAGAUUCGGCGGCUAUCAUGGCUGCUCGAAAUGCGCUUUUCGCCGAGGCCAGAAUCAUGACCACUAUCAAUUAUCCGCAUAUCAUCAAAUUGUUUGGAAUAUGUUGUGAUAGUCCACCAUUUAUGGUUAUUAUGGAGUUUUGUAAAGGUGGAAGUGUUGAGAAUUUGUUGGAGAAGUCUGGAAGAGAGAUGGAGGAAUAUGAGAGACAGACUAUUUUGAUUGAUGUGAGGGUUUUUUGAGUUUCAAUUUUUCAAAAAAAAAAUCUAGAUCCAAAUUUUCCGGGUUUUCAACUAGAUGUAGGUUCGAAAAUGCUCAAAUAUUUUAGCACCAAAUUUUCUACCCCAAGCCCUACAGUAAUCCGGAAUCUUUUUGAUCUACCAAAUUUUCUAUUUAAAAUUCUUGACGCCGAAAAAUUGCCACGUGGAUUUCGUAGGCUUCGAAGCUAGAUAAUACUGGGAACUUUUUUGAUCUACAAAAUUUCUGGCGUUGGUCCAAAAUGCCACGUGGAUGGUUUAGCUCAAAUUUUAGGACCAUAUUUAUUGCCUUGAUCCCUACAGUAAUCCGGGAACUUUUUUUGAUCUACCAAAUUUUCUAUUCAAAAUUUUUGGCGUUCAAACAAAAUGCCACGUGGAUUAUUAGCUCAAAUAAUCUAGCACCAAAUUUUCCGCCUCAAACCCUUCAGUAAUCCAGAAACAUUUUUUGAUCUACAAAAUUUUUCUGAUGCAAAUUUUUGACACUGAACCAAAAUGCCACGUGGAUGUUUUAGCUCAAAUAAUUUAGCACCGAAUUUUCCCAAGCCCUACAGUAAUCGGGAAACUUUUUUUGAUCUACGAAUUUUUCUGAUCAAAAUUUUUGGCCCCAAAAUAUUACUGUAUCUCAGGCUUGUCGCGGAAUGCGCUAUUUGCACGAGAAGAAGUGUGUUCAUCGCGAUUUGGCCGCCCGAAAUUGCCUGAUCUCCUCUGAUGGUCUCAUCAAAAUUGCUGAUUUUGGAUUGAGUCGACCUCUGGCAGCCAAUCAAACAUCAUUCAAAGAAACCCUGAAACAAGCCCCUCUUGUGUAAGUUGUACCAAAAAUUUUGAACGAAAUCAAGCUAUAAAGUUGAUUUUGAAGAUGGUUGGCUCCUGAAUGCAUACAAAAACAAUCUGAAUUCUCAUCAAAAUCGGAUGUUUGGGCAUUCGGUGUUUUGACUUAUGAAGUGUAUUUUGAUGCGCAAAAACCAUUUGCAGAAGAGAAAGACAAUGGAGUUAUUAUCAAAAAUAUUCGAAAAGCCAAUAUGCCAAUGCUUGAAACGAAAACAAGUUCACCAAAAAUGGAUGAGAUGCUAGCAGCGAUUUGGACGAAAAAGCCAGAAGAUCGAAUUGAUUCUCAAAAAUGUCUGGAAUUUUUGGUUGAUGCGUUGGUUGCGGGAAAUAUGACAUCGGUGAAGAAAAUGCAAUUGAAUAAGUUGACGGGGGUUUCGAGGAAGAAGAUGGCGAAUACGGAUACGGAUAGAGAUCGAGAGGAUACGGAAUAUGCUAUUGAUGCGAUUACACCCUCAUUUAAUGAGACGAAAUCGAAAUUUGAUCGGAAAAAAGCGGCGACUGUUAAGAGAAGAAAUCGAAAUACUGUGAAGAAGAAAUCAUCGCAAGAUAAUACGGUACCAAAAAGUGGAAAUAAGGAGAGUGAAUAA